AUGUUUUCUGGAGCUCUGCUGCUGCUGCUGCUGCUGGCAGCUGGAUGUGAGUCAGUCUGGAUCUGUCAAAGUCCACAGUUCUUCUUUUACAGCUCAACUCCAUCAUUUGGUACCAAACAUUUUCUCUUUUUCAACAGGUGUGAAGUGUGAACAGCUGACUCAGCCAGCCUCUGUGACUGUGCAGCCAGGUCAACGUCUGACCAUCACCUGUCAGAUCUCUUAUUCUGUCAACAGCUACCACACAGCCUGGAUCAGACAGCCUGAAGGGAAAGGACUGGAGUGGAUCGGGAUGAGAGCUGGCAGUACUUCAUACUACAAAGAUUCACUGAAGAACAAGUUCUGCAUCGAUUUAGACUCCUCCAGAAACACAGUGACUCUAAACGGACAGAACAUGCAGCCUGAAGACUCUGCUGUUUAUUACUGUGCCAGAGACCCACAACAACACAAACCAUCUGUAGAGCUGAACAAAAACCCCUCAGAGCCUGAACACCUGUGA